AUAUGUUUUCAUCUGCGAAGUCCUAAACCUUUCCUCUCUUUCCAUUCUAUUCUAAUUAACAUCAAUGGAGUCACUGCGACUGCAAAAUUUCCUUUCUCACUCCCUUUGUUUCUAAUUCUGACCCCAAAACAAUGAAAUCCCUUCUCCGUAGAAAUAUCUUCUUUCUCUCAUCAUCUUCACCUGGCGCGCUUCAAGCGCGUGAAUUAUCAUCUUCUCCUCAUCAGUGGAGUCGCUGCGGAGAGGAGGAAGAGUCUUCACGAAAUGUUAGGGUUUCGGUGUGGUGGGAUUUCAAGAACUGCCACGUGCCCGAGGGCUACGACGCUUCCAAAGUCGCAUUCGCAAUCAUGCAAGCAGUGAGAACGAACGGAAUUAAGGGUCCUCUUAAUAUCACCGCUUUCGGCAACGUUCACCAACUCUCCCAAUCCAACCAAGAAGCACUUGUUUACACCGGCAUUCGUUUAUCUCACGUUUCCAAUGAUGGAAGGAAUAGUGCUGAUAUUCUUGUUGAUCUUAUGUAUUGGGUUUCCCAAAAUCCUCCACCUGCGCAUCUAUUUUUUAUAUCUGGUGAUAGAGAUUUUGCUGGCAUAUUGCAUAGGUUAAGAAUGAAUAACUACAAUAUCUUGCUUGCUACUCCGACGAAGCCUCCUAGUGUUUUGUGCACUGCGGCUACUAUAGCAUGGCAAUGGUCUUCGUUACUUAAGGGAGAAGAUCUUGCUGGAAAACAUUUCAACCCUCCUCCUGAUGGUCUGAUUGGUUCUUGGUAUGGAAGCUACAAGGCGCCUCUUGCCAAGCCUUUAACGGAUGUGGAGAUCUAUGAACCUUCCUUAGAGGUAAAGUUAGGUUUGAUUCCCAGUUCAGUUGCGAGGCAGGUUAGGCAUAUAUUGAGUUCGCAUCCAAAAGGGAUCUGCAUUACAGAUCUUCAUGUUAAGUUGGCAAAAUGUGAUGUGCGUUUGGAUAAAAACUUUUAUGGAUAUAAAAAGUUUUCCCACUUUCUAUCAUCAAUUCCACUAGUACAACUCCAGCCUUUAGGUGAUGGUGAUUUUAAUGUACAUCUGGUUCCUUCAGAAUCCCCUAAACCUUUUGAGAGCAGGGUUGUGCCGUCAACAAUGGCUGUUGUUAAGAAUGAGGAGAGAGGAUAUGCAGCAACUCCAAAACUAAAUGGUGAUGAUAAAAAUAAGGCUAAAGAUGUGGACGAGACAUCCUCAAUUGCCUCAUUCCAUGAAAGGAGUUUGGAUGAUGAUUUAAAAUCAUUCCAAUCGGUCUCUUCACAAGGGAAACCCGAUGAGGAAUUUAUGGAUGUUAAAUCAUCAUUUCCUUCAUUUGUUGACAGACAUUUUGUUCAGACCCCAAAUGUGUUGCAGAAAUCUUCUGUGGCUAGUGACAAUAUUGUGGAUGUGGGUAAUGCACAGCAAUCAGAGAUUCAACUGUUUCCCAAGGACAACAAAGAUUUCAAAACUCGGACAGGUUCUGUAGAAAUGACAUCUCAAAACACGUUUGAUGAUGACAUUGUGAAGUCAGAGGGUGUAAGUCAUAAAAUUCUGGAAAAUAAUGCAACUUCAGGGAAUCACUCUUCUGGAAAUAAUUACUCAAUGGUGGAAAACGAUGCUAUUGCAGAGUGCGAAUCUGAAAAUUUAAAAGCAGAGAGCAAAUGUGAGAGUUCAACUAGAAAUGAGGUUGGUGGAGUUUGUCACAGUCUAUAUUCUUCACCAACUGAGGAAUCUCUUGUUGACAAAAGACCUGGGGGAAGUGUUGAAACUUAUAGCAGAAGUCCAAUAUUCUUUAGCUGCAUUAGAAGUCGGUGGCCAUUUUGGAAAAGCAAUGCAAAGUAUGAUGAUUCAGCUGCUCAUCAGAGCAAGGUAACCAGUCAUGUUGAGAAUUCCAAGGUAUCUGAACUAGACCAGACUGUUAGUCAUUUUGAAGAUCGUAAGGUAUCAGAACUGGAUCAGAAUGCUAGUUGUUCUGGAAAGCCUAAGUUAUUUUCUAGUGUUUCCUUUUGGAAUGAUGUGGAAUCUUUUGUUUUCACGCCCAAAGGAUCACUUCUUUUCUCCCAGUCAAGAAGCAGGGAGGAUAUGGCACAUAAAUUACAAAAUGAUGGGCCCCUGGCUCUUAGAUCUCUGUUAAAAAAAGAUAUUCUUCAAUUGGUGGAACUGUUAAUAGCAGAGAAAAAGUGGUUGGAGGAAAGCCCCUCCCAAACAUUUCCUUUUAGGCUAACUCAACCGCUUCAGAAGAAUUCUAUGGUGGGCCAAUCUCAUGGUUCAAAUGGUUUGAGUUCUCUCUUUCUAAGUAGAACAUCACAGUCCAACUUGCAAAAGCCAUUGAAACAUCAUGUGGAGAAACAAAAUCAGAGUAUUUCUCAUACUAGAGUUUCUGCACCUGCUACUGAAACAAAAUAUGCAAAGAGGUCUAGAAAUGAUAUAUUAGAAGACUGUCAGAAACUUGUGAGUGAGAUAUUGAGGAAACACCCAGAAGGAUAUAAUAUUGGUUCUUUCCGAAGGCAUUUUGCUGAUAGGUAUGGCUAUCAUCUUGAUAUACAGGAGCUUGGUUUUCAAAAGUUGGCAUCCUUGCUACAGAUAAUGCCUGGUGUUAAAUUAGAGCUCACUUAUAUUUUUCCUUUUGUUCCUGCUGUUUCUGUUUCUGACCUGGAAACUUUAGCUUCCAACUCAGAUAGUGCAUUAUCUGAGUCACCCAUGAAAGAUGAUAACAUGGAAUCCCCACGGGAGGAAUUAGUUCCCAUUUCUGUGAACCAUUCCAACCCGAGUGACCUGGAAGAUAAGUUACUUGAGAAAGCCAUAGAACUGGAUUUGUCAAAGCAUCCUGAUUAUGAACCAGUUGUCUUGGAUGAUGAUACUUCCGACUCUGAAGGAGAUAGCUCUUGUUUAACGCAACCAGAAGAGCAAGAAAAGACAAAAUGUGAUGAAGAAGACAAUUAUUUUUGGCAAGCUAAGGAUUUGUGGCACAGCAGCAAGGGAAGAGAGAUUAGUGUAAAGCAAUCAGACAAUGUUAAUGUCUUGUACACUUCUCUGGCUGAUAUUUUAAAUUCGUCCUCUGCGUCGACUAAGGGUACCCUUUCCAAAACUCCUUCGUCAAAUUACAGAGAGAAGCAAAAAUCUCAAAAGAACUAUUCAUUUGUUGAUGAUCCGGUCUUACCUAACAAGGACAAACUGAUUAAUGGAAUAUUAGAUGGCAACAAGAAAGCAGACGAGUCGAAGAUGUAAAACUCAGGAGUUCUUGACACGGGCAAUAUGUGGGUCCUUGAAUUCUAGAAUUGGAAGUUUGAGAUUUUCAUCACUCCAGAUUACAGACAGAGUGAGAUGGUUAUAUGAUUCUUUAUAUCAAGGAAUUGUAGCUUUAGCUGGCCAUGGUACUGUUAUUUCAAUUGAAGAAGAUUCCAAUGGUUGCUAGUUGCAACUUUGGAAAUUCUUUCCAUUUAAACAAUUAUUGUAGGUCGAUUCUUUACUGCUCGAUCAGUUGAGUUUAUAUUUCACAAGGUCAUAGGAAAAUCUUUCCAGCUGGAACAGUUGAGUUUUGGUCUUUUACGUGUGCUGUCUUAGUAUGAGAUCAUAGUACGGCAAUGAUUCAUAACACUCUUUCAAGUUGCAGGAACCAUACAAUAUAGUAUCUAAUAAAAUUCCUUGCAAGGGCUUAUAUCCUCUCUCUUCUUUAUCUUCCUGAUAGAUUUUUUAUCAUUCAGCAUUACAGCUUCUAUUCCACUAGGUAAUGAUGACCCAGAAUUCUGAUCUUGUUUUAAUUAUCAUCGCGACCAUUGUUAAUUCUUUUAUUUGCAGUCUCUAAAAUCUCAUUUGACUAUUAAAUUUUAAUGUUAUUUGGAAAUUAUCAUCUAAU